AGGUCGACGGAGCAGCGGUAAGCUUUGCUUCAUUCACUCUCUGACAAAAUACAUUUUCCUUCUCCUUUUCCCUUCUUUCACUUUCACGCCACCCAAACAAGCGUAGAUCCCAUCUAUUAUAUUCCCCUCCACCCAUCUGCCCAGAACCAGUACCACUUCUCUCGCGUCACUCAUGGCGGCUCUGCCCCACCCCCUCCUUCUCCUCCUCCCACUUCUCCACCUCCUACUCCCUCACUCCGCCUCACUUCAGCAGCAACAACAAAUCAGCGCCGUCGAUCUCGCCGCCCUGCUCGCCAUCAGGAGCAGCCUCACCGACAUCCACGGCACCAGUUUCUUCUCCUCCUGGGACUUCGCUUCUCCUGACCCUUGCUCCUCCUUCUCCGGCGUCGUCUGCUCUCUCCGCCGCGUCACCUCUCUCUCCCUCGGCACCGGCCUGUCCGACUCCGCCGGCCUGGCCGGCUCUCUCUCUCCUUCCAUCGCGAAUCUCACCGAGCUAACCCAGCUCCUCCUCUUCCCUGGCAUCGUCACCGGCCCCAUCCCUCCCCAAGUCGGCUCCCUCGCGAACCUCCGAGUCAUUUCCCUGACUCGGAACCGCUUAAACGGCCCUUUCCCCGCCUCCCUCUCGUCCCUUCCCAACCUGCACACUCUCGAUCUCAGCUACAACCAGCUCACCGGCUCAGUCCCUCCGGAUCUUCCCCGGUCGCCCAUGCUCAAAGUCCUCGUCCUCGCCGGGAACCGGUUCUCUGGCGAGUUCCCCGACGUCGAGACCCAGCUCCUGCACCUGGAUUUGAAAACGAACGGGUUCACGGGCAGGCUGCCCGGGCUACCCCCGUCAAUCCGUUAUCUGUCGGUUUCGAAGAACUACAUGUGGGGCCCACUCAACGGCCUCCGAUCGCUGUCAGAAUUAGUGUACCUCGACUUAAGCGUGAACCGGUUCGGUGGGCCCAUCCCUCCCUCGCUCUUCUCUCCUCGCCUCUCAUCAAUGCUCUUGCAACGGAACAAUUUAUCCGGCGGACUCCCGAACGUCGACGGCGGGUCGGCCUACGGCGAGGGAUCCGUGGUCGACCUGAGCCACAACUUCCUGACGGGCGAAUUGACGUCGGUUCUGGCCGGCGUGGAGAGCCUGUUCCUGAACAGCAACCGGCUGACGGGGACGGUGCCGGAGGAGUACGUUAAGAGCGUGUACGGCGGGAGCACCAGAACGCUGUACUUGCAGCACAAUUACUUGACCGGGUUUCGGGUCGAAUCGGGGCGGGCAUUGCCCGACUCGGCGUCGCUGUGCUUGUCGUACAAUUGUAUGGUGCCGCCGGCGGGAGUGAUGACGUGUCCUGCCAGCGCCGGGAGAGAGGUAUCGAGACCGGUGGACCAAUGCUCGUCCUUCAAGAACGUGAGCUUGGUUGGUUAAUUUUAGUUUUAUUAAUAUAUAAAUCUGAAUUUGUUUAUGUAUAUGUUUUUAAAGCUAUGCAUCUAAUAUUAUAUUCAAUAGGAUCGAAUAAUAUAUAUAUAAAGUAACUUUCAAUA